AUGUCUGCAAACAAACAAGUUUUUUCUUCCGAAAAUUAUCAAGACCUUCCAGUCAUCAUCAACGGGGCUGGAUUAGUUGGGUGCUUGGCUGCUCUUUACAUGGCACAACAUCACUCACAACGAGUAAUAUUGAUUGACAAGAGACAGGAUUAUCGAUCUCACCGAUAUGAAGGAAGAUCUAUCAACUUGGCCAUUUCUCAUCGUGCAUUCAAAGCUCUCGGAGGUAUUGAUAAGAGUUUUAUUGAUCACUUCAAAGAUGAGAAGAUCGGAUUAAAGAUGACUGGUCGUGGACUUCACAUGAAAGAUAAAGUCAAAACAGCUGAUAAACAAGAUCAAUUCGAAGAAGGCAAAUUGGGAUAUCAACCUUAUGGUACAAACGAAGACGAAUAUAUUGUUUCUGUUGGUAGACACUAUUUGAAUUGUUUCUUGUUAGAAGAAUUGGAAAAGAGAUUUUCUAACAGAAUUCAAGUGGUGUUUGAAGCUUCACCUACUCGAUUGGAGUUUAGAAAAAUUAAUGACUCCCAGACUGGAAAGGAAGAAACCAUCUCAGUAUUGAGCUACAAGGAUAAGAGCAAUACGACACACAGUGUUACAGGGAAAUUUAUCAUUGGAUGUGAUGGAUUGAAUUCUUUUGUUCGUCAACAAUUGCAAAUCAACCCUAAUGCUCGAUUUUCCUACUCACAAACCUAUAUUUCACAUGCUUACAAGGAAUUGUCCAUUCGAGCUGACCCUAAAACAAAAGAUUUUAUCAUGAGAAAGGACUGCUUACAUAUUUGGCCACGUGGAGAUUUCAUGCUCAUCGCCUUGCCUAAUCCAACCAAAGAUUUCACUGUCACAUUGUUUAUGCGUCACUUGAAGAAAAAGGAUUAUGGAGAAGAUGAAAAAACUGCCUAUGGUCAACCCUCAUUUGAAAGUGUUGAGCUUGGAGAUUGUAAGAGUUAUGAUGAAUUGACCGAGGAAAAGAAGGAACAAAAUGUUCGCAAAUUCUUUAAGGAACAAUUCCCUGAUGCCUAUGAUAUGGUUAAGGAUCAUUUGAUGGAAGAUUGGAAUACAAAUCCAACAAGUGCCUUGUCUUACAUUCAGUGCAAUCCUCAUCACUAUGAAGGCAAAGUAGUUCUGUUGGGAGAUUCCGCUCAUGCAAUCAUUCCAUUCUACGGACAAGGAGUGAAUUGCGGUUUUGAGGAUUGUUUGGUCUUCUCGAACAUUCUAAAGGAAGAACAAAAUAAGCUCGGAUGGAAGAAUGACAAGUUUAGCUCUGAUUUGUUGGAAAAAGUGUUCACGAGAUACAGCGAAGAAAGAAAACCCUCUGCCGAUGCUAUCCUUAACUUGUCGCUCCAUAACUUUAUCGUGAUGCGUGCCAAGACAGCAUCUCCCUUAUUCCUUAUUGAGCAGGCUGUGAUGCGAUUCUUGCAUAGAAACUUCCCAACCGUACAUGCCUUCAAACCAUUGUACACCAUGGUUGCAUUCACUCCAGAUAGAACGUAUGCUGAUGCUUGGAAUGCACAUGUGAAAAGAGAGGAAACCAUCGAAAAUUUGAAGAAAUUCGUUGUAAGAUCACUCACGACAUGCACCGUUGCUGCUCUCUCUGUUUUUGUCUACUCAAAAUUGUAUUGCAAACCAACAACAACUUCCACACCAUCACAAUCGUCUGCCAUUAGCUAUGUUGGAGACUUGGCGAAUGCAACAAUGAAACGACUGAGCUCUAUCUUUGGAUACAACCAAACAUCUCAAUAG